UCUUUUCGUGAUGGGCUGGGGGAGGGACUGUUUAGGACUGUGGCCUGGAAUUCUGGCCCAGUGUUUGUAGUCUGUUGCUUGAUGUCAUUGUAUGUACUUUAAAGUACAGAAGGGCAUUUUCCAAAGCAGAUUUCCAUUUUUAUUAAAUAAAGCCACAUUUGUAUAUAUUACCAAGAACACAAGAAAAUGAUUGUGUCUAUUAGAAUAAACACAUCACACUUGCAGAAAUGUAUUCGUUAUCUGAACAGUAAAGGAGAAUAAUAUUAUUCCAGGAACAUUCCUUAUUCCUUACUCCUGGGAAUUCCCCUCAGAUUUUCCUCCCAAAUUCUUCUGACUCUUCCUUCCAUGUUCAUUCAUAAAAUAAUUUUCCUGAACGGUUGUUGCGUUGCUGGCAGGCUAUAGGCAGUGGGCUGGUUCUGUUCUGGGAAGGCCUCCAGCGUUCCAAUCAGAACUGCUCAGUGCUCUAAUUAAUCAGCAGUUGCAUAAUUGUCGAAUUGCUACAUUUUUAAGUGUAAUUGAAACCACAGAAAUGUAUUUAUUUCUAUUAUUGUGUAUUGUGUGAAUUUUUAUCAUUGUUUGCUUAUCUGGUUUUGAAAUAAUUUCACAGAAAAUGACAGAUAUUGUUUUGAGCAGUACAUAGAUUAUGAGGUAAUAAAGUUCUGGUUAUAGUUCUACAUUUUGGGUAGUAAAUCCGACAUGGUUGGUCAGAUAAUUUACAAGUACAUUUUUAUUCAAAGGGUGAAAUGUAUUUUUAAAAAAGAAAAGAAAAGAAAAGAAAGUUUGCCUGAAUAGCCUAAAACAUCAUGUGGGAAUCCUGUGGCAGAAACCGAAAGUGAAUAUUCCUUCUUUUUUUUUCAGUUGUAACUCUUUUCACAAUAUGAAGUGAAUUGGGUUCCUCCCUGUCCCUGUGACCAGAAAAGCAGAAGCAGAAAGUCUCAUUACACAACCUGCAUCUGAGGAAGUGCUUUCAGGCAGCACUGUGAACUCCGUUAUGAAAGACUUUAGAAACUUUGACUUUUAAAAUGUGUAGGCUCACAGUCACAAUCAUUUUUAGGCCUCAAAUUUGGCUAUUUUUAUGGCAAGGCCGCUGUGGCCAAAAUCAACAUAACAUAACAUAAGAUAGGAUAGCAUAGCAUAGCAUAGCAUAACAUUAAUUCCUUCAUUAUCCUAACCCUCUUAUCCUGAACUGGGUCGCAGGGGGGCUGGAGCCUAUCCCAGCAUACAUUGGAUGAAAGGCAGGAAUACACUCUGGACAGGUCGCCAGUCCAUCGCAAGGCAUAGCAUAACAUGACAUAGUAUAGCAUAGCAUAGCAUAGCAUAACAUGACAUAGUAUAGCAUAGCAUAGCAUAGCAUAACAUGACAUAGUAUAGCAUAGCAUAGCAUAGCAUAGCAUAAAUGAUGCUCGCCUUCUCCUGCCACUCAAGUAUACCUUCUGCUUAGUUUACUUAAAAUCUAGAUGGUAUCUAGCACCAUAUCAAGCCUGGUCUUCACUACCCUCUAAGUUUCUGCCUCCACUACAUGUCCUGGCAAGCUAUUCCCCACAGUGACCUCUCUGUGUGGAAAAAAUACUUCCUUAUGUCUGUAGGGAAUUCCUCCUUUGCCAAUUUCCAUUCGUGCCCCCUUGUUUUGCUAACUGAACUCUGAACCGAACUCACCUGAAGAAUCUCCUGUAAAACACUAGGGAAGCAAAGCCAGAAAGCACACUCUCCCAUUGAUAUGGUCAAAUAGAAUAAUCCUGUAUAACUCUUUAUUUAAAUAAAACAAAUAAAAACAAACUAUGACAGAUGCAGAUGCAGACAGAUUAAAAAAAAAAAAAUUUAACAUAUGAAUAUAAACAUAUUCAGAUGUAUACUAAUAUUUGCUGAUAUUUAUGCUAAUCCUGAAAUCCUCUUUUCUGGAACAGAUGAGUGAUGAUGUCACCACACCUGUAGCUCACCUCACCUGUUCCACUCCCCGGCUGAGGCUUGCCCCAGCCACAGUUACUUCCUCAUAUAUUAUUUUCUGUAAAAACCAAAAAUAUUUUGAAUAGGGGAAAUUACUCCCAUCACUGAAGGCUGAUAAGAAAUGACUUCAUGGAUGCCCACUUCCUUCACUGCAUUGAUGUGUGUGUGUCCAGGUGAUGUGAAUGCAUCCUUUCUAGACACUCCCCACAUGAAACCAGGUCCACGGGAUGCAAAUGAGGAGCGGUGUCUGUAAUCUUCCGGUUCUCUGAGAGCCCUAUAAAAUGGGUACCUGUAUGGCAUGGAGAGCACAUCCCAGAAUCAGAAGAUUCACCAGCGACCUGCUCUUCAGAGAUUCACCUGCUACCUGCUCUUCAGAGAUUCACCUGCGACCUGCUCUUCAGAGAUUCACCUGCUACCUGCUCUUCAGAGUGACCAUCGCCAGACCCAAGUCUCACCUCUCUAUCUGAUCCCAGCACCUCUCUGUGUGACCCCAGCACCUCUCUAUCUGACCCCAGCACCUCUCUGUCAAGCAGAAGCAUGAGAGUGGCCGUCUCCCUGCUGUGUCUCCUGGUCCUCGGUCUUCGCCCUGCGGAGGCCAAACCGCUCCAGCACCUCACCUUGCAGGGCUGCAGCGCCAACAUCCGCCUGCUGGAGGUCCGCAAGCACCUGACCGCCAUGCUGCAGCAUGUGACUGAUGGGGACCCCGACAUCGCCAUCAUCACAAACCGGGUUCUCAACUCUGUGAAGGAGUCGGACAGGUGCUGCUUCCUGCGGGAGCUGGCGGAGUUUUACGUGCGCGGCGUCUUCACCCAGUGCAACGCCGUUCUUCCGCUGCACGCCAGGAAACAUGGAAGCCCCCUCGCCAACACCUUCUACAUCAUGAGCCAGGACCUGCAGGCCUGUGGAUGUGAAUGUGAGGGAGACACCCUGCUGAAAAUACAACACAUCCGCAGGACCUUCGAGAAGAUGGAGAAGGGUGCUGGGGUGGAGAAGGCUCUGUGUGACCUGGAGAUCCUGCUGUCCUGGAUGGAGCACCAGCUGUAGCCCACAGCCCCUCCUCUCACUGGAGUUUGUGCCAGGCCUGUCCCUGGCUGGGGUAUUUAUGUGCUGGGUAUAUUUAUGUAUUUAUGUAGAUAUUUAUGAAUAAGUAUUUCAUUUUAGCCCUCUGAAAAAUGCUGUUUCUGCCGAAUAUUUAUUAAGCAUUUGAACCAUUUUUCUGAAGUAGGCACAGUGUGCCACAGUAAAGUAUGGUUGUAUCUGAACCAGCACAGUUGAGUGUACUUGUAUGCUGCUUGUAUACUAAAUAGUAGGCAAGUGUGCUGCACUGUUUCAGCUGCAGUCAGGGUUGUUACAGGUCAGGGUUGUUAAAGGUCAGGGUUGUUACAGGUCAGGGUUGUUAUAGGUCAGGGUUGUUACAGGUCAGGGUUGUAACAGGUCAAGGUUGUUACAGGUCAGGGUUGUAACAGGUCAGGGUUGUAACAGGUCAGGUUUCACUGUUGUGUCUCCAUUGCUACUGUAUUAUUG